CAGGAGUGCAUUAUCCGAGCUCAGCGUGCUCUUGAAGAGAUUUAUCAGGACCCAUAUCCUUAUAGCUACAAUGUCAAACGAGGACUUACAGAAAUACUAAAUCGAAGGUUCCAGGGAUCUUGUCUUGACUUCAUGGACACAUUUAUGGCGCAAACUAUUCAGCUACUAAAGAGACUGAAGGCCAAGGUAAGCAACAAGACAAUUAACCUAUCAAUUUCGUGUAGAUUUAUAAACAAGGGAUUUCGUUAUGUUGAGCCUAGCGGCUGAAGACCAGAAUAACAGAAUUUGCCUGAAAACAUUCAGGUUUGCACGGAAUUCAAACUUUUGACCUUUUCGAUAUCUUUGCAGUGCUCUCGAACUGUUUCAACUCAGAACAAGCCAAUUCUUUGGUUCCUUUUAAACCUGUAAUGAUAGGAAGUUAUAUUGAUGCUAUGCUUUGCGAAAAUGAAACCUUUAAGUGAAUGGGAUGAAAAUAAGGUCGUGUCUCUUAUGAGGACGUUAAAGAAGCAGUUAUUUGGUUUGUCAGUUUCACCUUGAGAGACACUGAUUAUUUUCAACAUUUCAACCACGCAUGAUUUGCCAUGUGCUUAAUUUUCAGUACUAUUUGUUGGUCAAAGAGUCUUUUUAAGUUUUUGCUGUAACCAGCAGUCCAAUUCAGUAAAGAUAGUGCCUUCUUGGAGUGGAAUGUAGUGAUCCAAAACAUAGGGAAAGAUCGAGGUCCGUACUCAUUGCCCUAGGUACAUUUAUAGCGCUAUUUAACUUCAUUGUUUUCUCCUUUUAAGGGGUUCCCUUUGACGAAGGAAGGAAAAGUUAUCGUUCACUUGUUCGCUCCAUGUAACCACCUGGAAUCGGGAGAGAUGUUUUAUCAGGUCUGUCUCAACUGUCGGUUUUUAACAGCCAUCUGUAUAAAUAGAGGGUAACAGUUAAAACUGCUUUUCCAUGGUAAUGAUAAUGGAUUGUGAUCACAGAUUUGUUAAAACUUGUAUUUAAUGUUUAGGGUCAAUCCAGGCUAACGUUCAAACGUGUCUUUUUAUUUUUCAAUUAGGUUGGUCAUACAACACCGGGGAGACUGGCGUUAAAGUUCACAAAGUAUCAGGGAAACGACGUCAUUCAGCAACCAUCUACUGUUCAGGAAAAAGAUUUUCCUUUAGCUUUCACAAAGGCGUUUAUUGAAAAGAUGAGGAAUAUAGCCAUCGAAAUGGGUGAUCAGUUAAUGCGAGUUCUCUUGACUUCAAAGAAAAAUGGCCAUAGUGGAGACUAUUCUAUCCUUAAAGUAGAGGUGAAUAGUUUUAUGCCAGAAUCAUCUACAGACUUUGAAUGUCACAUUCCCGUGAUGGAAACAGGGGUGCCUAAGUGUGAUAAUGCUUUUGGGAAUUGGCCUGAUCAGACACUGACAGAGGAUGAACCUGGCUGGGGACCUGGUCGACGUCUCCAAGAAGACUCCAAUGGUCUCUCUUGUGCAAACAGCAGCAAUUCAUCACAUCUUCCUCACAUGCAAACUGUAAAGAGUGAUCAACCGGCAGCAGCCGUAGGCAGUUAUUCCACGAGUAUUCCUAAUCCAGCUUAUCCACCUAUGAUGCAAGCAGUGAAAGAUGACAAAAUGACAUCAGACCCCGGUGCCCAAGUCCAAGACCAAACUUUCAGUAAAAGUGGAUCAAGCAAUCCAUCAUAUCCUCCACAUCUUCCUCUUAUGCAAACUGUAAAGAGUGAUCAACCGGCAGCGGUCAUGGGCAGUUAUUCCACGAGUAAUCCUAAUCCAGCUUAUCCACCCAUGAUGAAAGCAGUGAAAGAUGACAAAAUGACAUUAGUCGCCGGUGCCCAAGUCCAAGAACAAUCUUCCAGUAAAAGCGGAUCAAGCAACCCAUCAUAUCCUCCCCUCAUGCAAGCAGUUAAUGGUAAUCCAUCAGCUUCUUCAGUAACGAAGAAUCGUACAACAUGUGGAGACAGAAGUUAUUCAAAUCCAGCGUAUCCACCUGUUUCCGAUGCAGUCCAAAAUAGUCCAACGGCAUUCGGAGGCCCAGGUAAUCAGACACGAGAACAUUUGUCAACUGACAAUAAAGAGAAUCCAGCCUAUCCUCCAACAAUCCAAGCAGUUAAACCUAACACUAUAUUUUCGGGCUCUGAUUAUCAGCUGGAAAAUCAUCCUCGAACUAGUGGUGAAAGUAAGCCAGCCUAUCCUGAUCUUCUGCAUGCAGUCAGGAAUGGUACGAUGCGGAAUGAAACGGCAUCGUCUGAAAGCUGUCGAUCUGCAGAACAUUCUUUAACGGGCGACACGAUCAGUCCAGCUUAUCCUCCCAUUCGGAAAGCUGUUAAUGACGAGCCCCUGCCAUCAACGUCAGGUUAUGAUUCUCCCAACGGACCGGGAAGUAAUCCACCCUAUCCUGCCAUGAUGACAGCAGUUCAAGACAAUAUACCGUCAUCUCAGGCAGCUUCACAAUCUGAAGAAUGUUCUGCCAUUGGCAAUAGUAGCAAUCAACCAUAUCCACCUCUCAUACAGGCAGUCCAAAGUUUUCCACCAACGCCCAGCACUGAUCAGCAACCAAGGGGAUCCCUGUCCAGCUUGAGUGUUAAUAAUAUAGAGUACUCGCCGGACACACAAACAAGUGGUAGUAUUCCAAUGUCGUCGACACGAAGUGACAGCGAUUCUUCAAUGCUUGUAGACGAUAGUGAAUUGUUUUAG